CCUGUCUUGAUGAAAGCAGACAUUACAAGAAGAAGAGCUGCAGCUACUUUAUGCGCUCUUUUAGAAAAGAAAGAAAAAAAACGGAUAUAUACUCGAAUAAAGCUUAUCGGGUUUAGACUGGACUCUCUGGACACAUGAUAGCUUCAUAUGCUCAGGAGUAAAGAUGAUUCCUGACAGAAGUGCUGACCAAGCGGUGGACACCAGUACAGAUCAGAUAGACACAUCACUCCCUCCUGGAUGGACAAGAGAGACCAGACAGCGAAAGCAGGGCAAGACAGCGGGAAAGUUGGACACUUACAUUAUCAGUCCUCAAGGUAAACGCUUCAGAUCUAAAGCAGAGCUCCAGAAGUACCUGCUCGCUCAGGAAUGUAUUCAUCUGGACCUGGAUGCUUUUGACUUCACCUCAAAAAUCAAAGCACAGUCUCAAAAAUCAAACUCCAAAAGACCAAAACAAAAAGAACAAAAAGCAAGGCGGAGAAAAACAAAACAGGAUAAUCAAACUACUGAAAAUCAUCCCGGGGUAGCUGUGGGAGACCUCCAGAAUGAAGAGAUAGAGACAGAGGUGGAGGAGGAGAAGAACAAUACAGAAGCCCAGGAAAUAAAGAGUAGCGAAGAAGAACAAACAGGCAUCGAGGGUGAAAUGGAGGAAACAUCCAGCAGCGUGAGAGAAAACAGAACGGAUGCUGUGCCUGUCAUAAGCAUGCAGGCAGCAUCAGACAGCGAAGGAGAGGAGAAAGAAGAAAGCGAUGAAUUGAGUGACGACCAGAAAAGUUACGCAGCCAGCAGGGGGAUCAGUUCACCUGUCAGAAACACCCAAAGUGAGAAGCGGCGAACCAGUCCAUACUUUAAAAGAAAAAAUGAUGGUCUCACUCCUCCAAGGCGUAAAGCAUUCAGGAAGUGGACUCCUCCACGUUCCCCCUUCAACCUGGUGCAGGAAACCUUGUUUCAUGACCCGUGGAAGCUUCUAGUGGCCACCAUCUUCCUCAACAGAACUAGCGGGAAAUUGGCCAUUCCUAUGUUGUGGCAGUUUUUUGAGCGUUACCCAUCGGCUGAGGUUACACGUUCCAGCGACUGGAAGCCACUCGCUGAUCUUAUGCAGCCGCUCGGCCUCAACUCCCUACGAGCCAAAACCCUCAUCCGCUUCUCCGACGAGUUCCUCACCAAGUCAUGGCGGUAUCCAGAGGAGCUCUAUGGCAUUGGCAAAUAUGGAAACGAUUCGUAUCGUAUAUUCUGUGUGGGAGAAUGGAGAGAGGUCACCCCACAAGACCACAAGCUGAACAAGUAUCAUGCAUGGCUGUGGGAGAACCAUGAGAAAUUAGGCAUCUGAUGUUUUAUCUUGGCUGGAGGCUCCGAGCACUGGCUUUUCAGCACUUUUUAAACUUGUCAGGCCAAGGCAGAAAAGCAAUGGCUAAUUUUUUAAAGCAAGCCAAGAACUGAAAAUCCCUAAAAAUAAAAAAUAAAAAUGCUGAAAUCCCACUCAAGGUGAAUUAUUUUUUUACACCAGUCCCAGAACAAGUUCAUCCUGCUUUAAUGGUUUUAAUGGAUGCUUGUAAGGUUCAGUGUUCUGCUUUACAAACUUUUAACCCUGUGAUAUUUCUCUUGUCCUUUUCAAGGGGGAACUUGUUUUUCAUGUGAUAUUUUUCAUGACACACACACACACACACACACACAAAGAAUAAAGUUGAAACUGUCUGUAGUCACAAAUCUAGUUGGGGAAAAAAUAGUGAACUUUUGCAUUAAUGCGGUCCUUAUAGGACAGAAAUAUGUAUAUAGUGUGUGUAUAUAUGGAUGUGUAAAUAUUAUAGGGUUUUUUUUAAUUUAUAAUAUAAAUUUAUAAUGUUUGUUUUUGUUUCUUGUUAAGGUCAAAGACACUUUUAUCCUGUAGGGCAUCAACUUGUCACAUUUUUCAAAUAUUCAUGUAAUAAAGUAGCUAAUGUCUUUUUCUGUGUGGUUUUAUCCUUUUCUCUUUCAAAGUAUCUAUCUAUCUAUCUAGACACGCACCAAGCAGUUUAUUAGGAACGCCUGCUCAUUCAUGCAGUUAUCUAUUCAGCCAAUCAUAUGACAGCAGUGCACUGGAUAUACCGAUCAGGCAUAACAUUAUGACCACGUGCCUAAUAUUGUGUUGGUCCCCCUUUUGCUGCCAAAACAGCCCUGACCCGUCAAGGCAUGGACUCCACUACAUUCCUGAAGAUGUGCUGUGGUAUCUGGCACCAAGAUAUUAGCAGUAGAUCCUCCCUGAACCCCACCUAGCGACUUAAAGGACACUUUUGAUAGAUACUGACCGCUGCAGACCGUGAACACCCCACAAUUGCUGCAGAUUUGGAGAUGCUCUGAUCCAGUCGUCUAGCCAUCACAACUCACAUCCUUACGCUUGUCCAUUUUUCCUGCUUCUAACACAUCAACUUUGAGGACAAAAUGUUGACUUGCUGCCUAAUAUAUCCCACCCACUAACAGGUGCCAUGAUGAGGAGAACAUCAGUGUUAUUCACUUCACCUCUCACUGCUCAUAAUGUUAUGCCUGAUCUGUGUACAGUCAUGCAGAUACGAACCAGCGUUUUCAGGUAAUGUUCACAUCAAACAUCAGAGUUAGGAAACAAAUGAGAUCUCAGUGAUUGUUGAGGCUUUAUUUCUUUAACUGCCAAUCUGUCAGCCAGUCAAAACAGCCAGAUUGGUUCAAGCCAACCAGAAGGAUAGAGUAACUAAAAUAAUUAAUGAAUAACAUCAUUAAUCUCGGAACAAAGGACACAUCAAAUCUUGAGGUGGAUGAGCUUUAAGAGCAGAAGACCACAUUGGGUUCCAAUUAUGUAAGUAAAAAACAGAAAUCUACAGCUACAGGAUCACUAAUAUAGGAUCGUUGGAUGGGGGGGGGUCUCCUAGCUGUCCAGUUUGGGUGAGCCUGUGCCCUCUGUAGGCUUAGACUCCUGUUCUUGACUGAGGAGUGGAACCUGAUAUAUGGUGCUUCAGGUUUGAUGUGUUGUGUGUCCUGAAAUGCGUUUCUGCUCAUCAAGAGUAAUUAUUUGAGUUACCAUAUCCUUCCUGUUGGCUGGAAGUCAGAAUCUGUACUGCUGCUGCCGCUACACGGCUGAUUAGAGACUGAUUAGAUAACUGCAUGAAUGCAGAGGGGAGGUGUACAGAUGUUCCUAAUAAAUUGCUCAGCGAGUGUAGACAUUCUACUGCAAUAAAGAAAUGCAAAAAAAGAAAGAAGAAGAAGUGACCAAGUGAAUUGAAAAGUCUUUAAUGAAAGAAUCCAUGGUUUUGGCAUAGAAUAAAUCAAACGUUUAAAACCAAUGACUGUGGUGUUUUUACAGCAAAAGCCUAAAAUCUGAAACAUGGAGGUAGACUAUGGAGCUAGCUUUUUCGAUGUAAGACAAGGUAAUUUGACUCACUUAAAACAAACAAACAAACAAACAAACAAACUUAAAGCUUCAUAUUAAAAGGAGCUCAUGCAUCAGACUAAAAAUCAGGUCCUGGAGAUUCCACAUGGAGGAAGCCAUUAUUAAGCAUAAUAUUCAGUUUUACAUUCGAUUAUAAAACAUUUUGUUUUUCAGUUUUCACUAGCGUUCAUUAAACAUUAAACAGAAUGUCAUUCAUUUUUUUGCUUAUCUGAG